UGGCAACAGCCUGCCAUGGUAAACCACCCAGGGCAGAGGCUGGGCUGCAGGUGGAGGUGGGGAGCGGUGAUUCCAGCCACCCGUGUGAUGGGUGUCUCACCAUCUAUCAAGUCAGUCCAAUGAUUUCAAGACAGCCCUGUAGAAAGUGCUUCCUUCUACCCGGCCAGCCUCUGCCUCCCUGUAAUGUGUACUUGGUGGUCUAGCUCAGUCAUCUGGAGACACGCACAUGAUCAGGGCCAAAGCGGUCAGUGAGAAGGAGGUGGACUCCGGGAAUGACAUUUACGGCAACCCCAUCAAGAGGAUUCAGUAUGAGAUCAAGCAGAUAAAGAUGUUCAAAGGACCCGACAAGGAUAUAGAGUUUAUCUACACGGCCCCCUCCUCGGCAGUGUGCGGGGUAUCACUUGACGUCGGAGGAAAGAAGGAAUACCUCAUCGCAGGAAAGGCUGAGGGGGAUGGCAAGAUGCACAUCACCCUGUGUGACUUCAUUGUGCCCUGGGACACCCUGAGUACCACCCAGAAGAAGAGCCUGAACCACAGGUACCAGAUGGGCUGCGAGUGCAAGAUCACGCGCUGCCCCAUGAUCCCCUGCUACAUCUCCUCCCCGGACGAGUGCCUCUGGAUGGACUGGGUCACGGAGAAGAACAUCAAUGGGCACCAGGCCAAGUUCUUCGCCUGCAUCAAGAGAAGCGAUGGCUCCUGUGCGUGGUACCGCGGCGCGGCGCCCCCCAAGCAGGAGUUUCUCGACAUUGAGGACCCAUAAGCAGGCCAACAGCGCCCCUGUGGCCCACUGAAAAGCCUCCAAGGGUUUAGACUGGUCCAGCUCUGACAUCCGUUCCUGGAGACAGCAUGAAUAAAUCAGUCAUCUAACGGGUCCAAAUUAGUAUGAUUCUGCACCCCCCACCCCCAUUUUCCUUUUAAAUAUGGCCAUGGGUCUGGAGGGUGAGGUGAGCCCAGGGUCCUCACUCCACACUCCCUCCGCCGGCCUGGGCACUGUGUGUCUGGGGUUUCUAUCCUUGGGUGCCGGCAGGGGUGGGACACACGGACUUCCCUCCAAGGCCUUUCCUUGGCACCUUAGGGGUCUCCUAGCUUGGUGAGGGCAGAGCCUAGAAAUGCGCAUUCUGCAGAAACUUUUGAGGGUCGUUGCAAGACUGUGUAGCAGGCCUACCAGGUCCCUUUCAUCUUGAGAGGGGCAUAUCCCUCGUUUUCUGCAGCUGCCACACCUCUGGCCCUAGGUAGGGUAGAGUCCUUGCCCCUGGCAAGUGCCCCCCCAUCUUCCCCUGUACCCACCAUGGAUUCUCAGCACCUGUGACUCCUCCAAGUCCAGGAGCAGCCCUGGAACCAGUGUCUUGUUUUGAAGGAGCCCCCAUUCAUUCUGUUCAGCUGCAAAAUUCCAACAGGAGCCUCCCUCGGGGCCUUGCAGAGAUAUGGAAACCACAUUUAAGUCCCCUACCAUGCACACACUCCCCAGCCCCUAGGGGGAGUCUGCGAGAUCCUUUUCUGAGCACAAGCAAUUCAUCCCAAGCUUCCUUCCCUUUCUGGCAUCGGGCAUCUCAAUUGAGUCACACAGCUUUGCUUUAUCCAGGGUUGUGUGCAGACACGGGCUGUGCUCCCGCAUCCUGAGGACAGAAAGGGCUGGGUCUUGCUGUGCUGCGUCAGGUUUAGUGUGGUCUCCCUCCAAGACUGACAGCCUCUGUUCCGCGUGUGGGUAUCUGCAAGUGAAGUUAGCUAAGCGUGUUAACAUGUCCAACCCAGGAAGUGAAGAAUGUUAGAGGUGGGGAGCUCUGGUGACACUCUCACUUCUUUCUGAGCCUCCAGGACACUGUCACCUGUUGUCAGAGACAUCUCAUUUUUCUAAAGAUGAAUCCUCAGAUGCCAUGUGAACCUGAGGGACAGGCGUGCCAUCUUCUGCUUCUAUUUCUUAUUUGACAAAGAUCACCCAGUUAAGAAACUUCAUAGGGAACCAGGGAACCUUCUUGUUCCCUAAAAAUGGUUUCCUGAUGCCGCUAAAGGAGAGGUUGAGAUAGGGAGAACUUUCUCAGUAAUAAUCAAGGCCAUCUCUUUUUUUUCCUCCUACCUAUGUUGUAAAGAUAAACUGUUCUGGGGAUGUGCAUGCAUGCUAUGCAGACAUACACAUAUAUACGCACACGCACACACAAACUGGAGCCCGGCAGCCUGUGAGUGAUCCUUCUGCACCCGCUUCCAAAGUCACCACCUUCUAAGCCUGUUCCAUUCUGCAGCGACCCCAAACUAAGACGUCUGACCCCCAGAGUGGCAUGCAGCCCCCUGCCCGCCUGGGACCUGGUCAGCACAGAUCUUGAUGACUUCCCUUUCUAGGGCAGACUGGGAGAGUAUCCAGGCAUCCCCCCCCUGCCCCGAGGGCGUUUUCAUGCUGUAUAGUGACAUAAAGUUGGUAAGAUGUCAUAAUGGACCAGUCCAAUGUGAUUUCAGUAUAUACAACACCACCAGACCCCUCCAAUCCAUAUAACACCCCACCCCCGUUUGCUGCCUGUGCGGUGAUAUCAUAUGUAACAUUUACUCCUGUUUCUGCUGGUUUUUUCAAUGUUUUGGUUUGUUUCUGACAUCAGCUGUAAUCAUUCCUGUGCUGUGUUUUUUUAUUACCCUUGGUAAGUGUUAGACUUGCACUUUUUAAAAAAAAGUUUCUGCAUCGUGGAAGCGUUUGACCCAGAGUGGGAAGCAUGGUUCUCACCUAUGACGAUGGAUUCCUUCAGAUUUUUCCUUUAGUUCUUUUGAGUAUCUUUGCUUUUAUCCAUCUCCCAUCUUUUGUUCUCUGGUUCGAAUUAGUACAAAGUAAAGGAUCUUUGAGUCGGUUCAUCCUAAAAGAUGGCCUUUCUAUUUGAUCCACGCACAUUGGUCUUCUAACUAUGCUGAGCAGGAAAAAAACAAAACAAAAACCCAAACAGAUCAAGAUGAAGUGCCCGGUGGCAACAGAGAGUUGAAGCCACUCAAAUACCCUCACAGUAAAUAAUUGCAAUAUAUAUAUAGUUUAAGAAGAAUCUUCAUUUGGCAUUGUUUAAUUUAUGUGUUAUAUUCUAAGUACUCCCCGUUUCUCCCUGUAUCUUUUUCAUCAUGCAAGCUACUCAAAAUAUUUAAAAUAAAGUUUACAUUGUAGUUAUUUUCAAAUCUGUGCUUGAUAAGUAUUAAGAAAUAUCAGACUUGCUGCCAUAAUUUAAAGCUUUGUUGAUUUUGUUUGUUUUUGUUUGGACUUGGGGGGGAGGGGGGAGCCAUGUGUUUAUGCUGGAAUAUGAAGUCUGAGACCUUCCUGUGCUGGGGACACAUGAGAGUUGUUGAAAGUCGACAAGCAGACUGCGCAUGUCUCUGAUGCUUUGUAUCAUUCCUGAGUGAUCGCUCAGUCCAUGGACAAUAAACAGUAUUAUCAAAGAA